GCGUGUCUGGGCGUGUGUAUAUGUGUGUGUGUGUGUGUGUGUGUGUGUGAGUGGUUUUCGUGUUUACGUUGGAUGGGGGUCUACGUGCCCUGUACCGCAGCACUUGCAGGGGGCAACAGAAAAGACAGCUGUGUGUUUGAGAGAAACAGAAAACGUAAGAAAGAGAGAGUGGAGGGCCAACAGGCAUGCCAGUCAAGAGCGUCACUUUUGGAGCAGAUGCUGGCAACAGUUUUCUCCGAGCAGCCCGUUCUGGCAACUUGGACAAGGCCUUGGAACACAUCAAAAAUGGCAUUGAUAUAAAUACAGCCAAUCAGAAUGGGCUCAAUGGGCUACAUCUGGCCUCAAAAGAAGGCCACGUCAAAAUGGUGCUGGAGCUACUCCAUAAUGGGAUCGUACUGGAAACCACCACGAAGAAAGGGAACACGGCCCUGCACAUCGCGGCCCUGGCAGGGCAGGAGCAGGUGGUCCAAGAGCUGGUUAACUAUGGGGCCAAUGUCAACGCUCAGUCGCAGAAGGGUUUCACUCCACUCUACAUGGCUGCACAAGAAAACCAUCUAGAGGUUGUGAAGUUUCUUCUGGAGAACGGAGCCAAUCAGAGCAUUCCAACUGAGGAUGGAUUCACUCCUCUCGCCGUGGCUCUUCAGCAGGGGCAUGAAAAUGUUGUAGCCCUGCUCAUCAACUACGGCACCAAGGGAAAGGUCCGCCUCCCUGCGCUGCACAUUGCAGCACGCAACGAUGAUACACGCACAGCCGCAGUGCUUCUGCAGAACGACCCCAAUCCUGAUGUGCUAAGCAAGACUGGAUUCACACCCCUACACAUUGCUGCGCACUAUGAAAACUUGAACGUAGCUCAACUGCUGCUCAAUAGAGGAGCCAAUGUCAACUUCACCCCAAAGAACGGUAUCACUCCUCUGCACAUUGCAUCCAGACGGGGUAACGUGAUCAUGGUCCGACUCCUGCUGGACAGAGGGGCUCAGAUUGAUGCCAAGACCAAGGAUGAGCUGACUCCUCUGCACUGUGCAGCAAGAAAUGGUCAUGUUAGGAUUAUAGAAAUCCUGCUGGACCAUGGAGCCCCCAUUAAUGCAAAGACUAAGAAUGGCCUGUCUCCAAUCCACAUGGCAGCGCAGGGCGACCACAUGGACUGCGUCAAACAGCUUCUACAGUACAACGCAGAGAUUGAUGACAUCACACUGGACCACCUCACCCCUCUGCAUGUGGCGGCACACUGCGGUCACCACCGUAUGGCCAAAGUACUGCUGGACAAAGGGGCCAAACCCAACUCUCGGGCUCUGAACGGCUUUACCCCUUUGCAUAUUGCUUGUAAAAAGAACCACAUGCGUGUGAUGGAUCUCCUGCUCAAACACUCGGCGUCAUUAGAGGCUGUGACUGAGUCUGGCUUGACCCCUUUGCACGUAGCAUCAUUUAUGGGUCAUCUCAACAUUGUGAAGAUCCUGCUGCAGAAAGGUGCUUCCCCCAGUGCUUCUAAUGUGAAAGUGGAAACACCUCUCCAUAUGGCAUCCCGGGCAGGACACUAUGAGGUGGCAGAGUUUUUAUUGCAGAAUGGAGCCCCAGUGGACGCCAAGGCCAAGGAUGACCAGACACCCCUGCACUGUGCAGCUCGGAUGGGCCACAAGGAGCUAGUGAAGCUUCUGCUGGAGCAAAAGGCCAACCCCAACUCCACCACCACAGCAGGACACACACCGCUGCAUAUCGCUGCCCGGGAAGGUCAUGUGCAAACUGUACGCAUCCUCCUGGACAUGGAGGCUCAACAGACUAAGAUGACUAAGAAAGGCUUCACUCCACUCCAUGUGGCCUCCAAGUAUGGGAAGGUGGACGUUGCAGAGCUGCUUCUGGAAAGAGGAGCCAACCCAAAUGCUGCCGGAAAGAAUGGUCUAACUCCGCUGCACGUUGCUGUACAUCACAACAACCUGGAUGUUGUUAACCUUCUUGUUAGCAAAGGAGGAUCACCACACAGUGCAGCCAGGAAUGGCUACACUGCCCUCCAUAUAGCAUCCAAGCAGAACCAGGUGGAGGUGGCCAACAGCCUGCUGCAGUAUGGAGCAUCAGCCAAUGCUGAGUCACUACAGGGUGUCACACCUCUCCACCUGGCCUCACAGGAAGGAAGGCCUGACAUGGUGUCCCUGCUCAUCUCCAAACAGGCCAACGUCAACCUCGGCAACAAGAGUGGGUUAACACCCCUCCACCUGGUGGCACAGGAAGGACACGUUGGAAUCGCUGAUAUCUUGGUGAAGCAGGGGGCGUCAGUCUAUGCCGCAACACGGAUGGGUUACACCCCACUCCAUGUAGCUUGUCACUAUGGCAACAUCAAGAUGGUGAAGUUCCUCCUGCAGCAACAGGCCAACGUAAACAGCAAAACAAGGCUUGGUUACACUCCUCUGCAUCAGGCAGCCCAACAGGGACACACGGAUAUUGUGACACUGUUGCUGAAGCAUGGCGCCCAGCCCAAUGAGACCACUACACAUGGCACGUCAGCUCUGGCUAUCGCCAAGAGGUUGGGCUACAUCUCGGUGAUCGACGUCCUAAAACUUGUCACUGAGGAGACAGUUUCCAUGACGACCACAGAGAAACAUCGCAUGAGUUUCCCAGAGACAGUGGAUGAAAUACUGGAUGUGUCUGAGGAUGAAGGAAUUGCACAGCUAACAUUAGGUAUGAAUGUCUGUUUCUUACGUGUGUGGCUCCAUUUCAGACUCACGCCAUCUUUGUGCCACUGCUUUUCUCUCUCUCCUUCGUUCCCCUCUGUGAUGGUGGCUCUGGUUUCUCACUGGCAUGCACCCAUAGCACCCAUGUCUGUAACCUCGAUAUGUCCCUGUGAUAACACGCUCAUUUGCACUCAUGGAGUCAAACGUGGUGUAAUGAUAACUACGUCAUCACUGUGGCUCUGGGACCUCAUGCAGACACACAGGCUGCUGCAGUCACUAAUUCAUGCACACGGGGAAGAUUUCCUUUUGAUGCUGAUUAACACUUUAACAUUAUCGCCUGUUUUGGGGGGAGAGGAGCUCUUGGGGACAGAAGGGGCCAGGUACAUGAAGAUGGAUGACAUGAAAGACCAUGAUGACGAUUUCCUCUCCCCCAAGAAAUCACUGGAGUACGAGAGAGGGCUGGGCACAGCAAAUUAUUCGCCAGCCAUUCCACGGAUCCCUCGUGUCUCUCCAGAGCCUGUUAUCCUGAGAGAACAUGAGAUAGAUCAGCAACACACUCCACUUCCACUGCCCAAAGAAUACGACGAGGACUCACUGAUUCCCAGCAGCCCUGCGACUGAGACGUCAGACAAUGUCAGCCCCGUCGCCAGUCCCAUACACACGGGGUUCCUGGUCAGUUUUAUGGUGGAUGCGCGUGGCGGUUCAAUGCGAGGCAGCAGGCAUAAUGGUCUGCGUGUCAUCAUACCUCCGCGGACGUGUGCUGCACCCACCCGCAUUACCUGCCGCCUGGUAAAGCCGCAGAAGCUGACCAGCCCCCCUCCACUGGUGGAGGGAGAGGGGCUGGCCAGCAGAAUCAUUUCCCUGGGUCCUGCUGGGAUGCAGUUUCUGGGACCCGUGAUUGUGGAGAUCCCCCACUUUGCUGCUCUCGGUCGUGGUGACCGGGAGCUCGUAGUGCUGAGGAGCGAGAAUGGCUCGGUCUGGAAAGAACACCGCAACCGUUACGGGGACGAGGUGCUAGAAACAAUCCUCAACGGGAUGGAUGAGGAUUUAGAAAGUCAAGAAGAACUUGGGAAGAAGCGAAUCCGCCGCAUCAUCUCUACCGACUUCCCCCUUUAUUUUGCCGUUGUGUCACGAGUGCAACAAGAAAGUGACCUGAUUGGCCCGGAAGGAGGCUCCCUGACAAGUAAACUGGUGCCGAUGGUCCAGGCCACGUUUCCCGAGACAGCAGUCACCAAACGAGUCCGUCUGGGGCUGCAGGUGAGAUUGGACGAAGUGGAGAAGGAAGGAGAGGAGAGACAGAAUCGUGCUCAGCCAGUUCCAGAUGAGCUGGUUGCAAAGCUUCUCGGUAACCAAGCAAACUUUAGCCCCGUAGUCACCGUGGAGCCUCGGAGGCGCAAGUUUCACCGACCAAUCGGCCUACGUAUACCCCUGCCUCCAUCUUGGAGGGAGAGCCCUCGAGACUCUGGGGAGGGUGACACUACCAGUCUGCGUCUUCUCUGCUCUGUCAUAGGUGGUACAGCCCCAGCUCAAUGGGAGGACAUUACUGGCACUACUAAGCUUAUCUAUGCUAAUGAAUGUGCCAGUUUCACAACCAAUGUUUCUGCACGAUUCUGGCUCGCAGACUGUCCUCGGACAGCCGAGGCUGUGUCCUUUGCCAGCCUGCUGUACAGGGAGCUGUCGGCCGUACCUUACAUGGCCAAGUUUGUGGUGUUUGCAAAAAUGAAUGAGCUACGCGAGGGCCGCCUGCGCUGCUACUGCAUGACUGAUGACAAGAUGGAUAAAACUCUGGAGCAGCAUGAGAACUUCACAGAGGUGGCUCGCAGCAGGGACAUAGAGGUUAUGGAAGGAAUGCCACUUCACCUGGAGUGUUCAGGGAAUCUUGUUCCGGUGAGGGACAGCAGUAAAGAGCCCACUGGAUUUUUGUCUUUCCUUCGCAAAUCCACCAAGUAUGAAGACAGCCAGCAUGUGCUCUGCAACCUCAACAUCGCUAUGCCUCCAUGUAUCAAGAUUGUUGGGAGUGAAGACCGAAGGCGAACUCUCACCCCGCUGGCUUUAAGAGAAAGAUACAGUGCCCUAAAUGAGCCUGCAAUGGCAUCAAUGAGUGCUAUGGAAAGGACAGAGCUGAAGAUGGCUGUAAUUGCAGAACAGUUGGGACUGAGCUGGGCUGAGUUGGCACGUGAGCUUCAGCUGAGUGUGGAUGACAUUAACAAGAUUCGUGUGGAGAAUCCAAACUCACUGCUGGAGCAGAGCUCCGCACUGCUCAACCUGUGGGCCACUCGCGAGGGCAAGAGGGCAAAGAUGGAGAGUUUGUACACAGCUCUGAAGAGCAUCGACCGCAUGGACAUCAUCAACAUGUUGGAGGGCCAGCCACCUCAGCCUGCGAGACAAGGAUCCCGUGAUCUCAACAGACGUCGACACAGCGAGAGAGACCAUCUGUCCCCCGGUAUGACCAAUGGUGGCAGCCAGCAGAGCAGCAUCAGCCACUGCCGGCCUCGAACCCCAGUCUCGGCCUACUGGUUCAGCUGGCUGUGUCUGCUGCUGCUACCGCUGCUGCUCUGCUGCUCCUCCUCUACUCCUCCCCUAAAUCCCCAGCUACUGGCCAGGGGAACUUACCCCCCCUCCCAGGGUCCUGAUGCUGUGGGGGGUUAUGGGCUCCCGCAGGAAGAGCUUCUCUCACCAGCUUCCAUGCAGUACAGCCUGCCCUCCCCGCUGGGUGCUGAGCCUUACUGGCAGGAGGUCUCCAGCCUGGACUGUGCACCUAUUGCCACCACAGAAGAAGACACCCUAAUGGAGAUGUCUGAUGUACAGGUGUGGCCCUCAGGCAACAGCCCUUCCUUGGUGGCUGUGGAGGACUCCUCGCUGGAGUGCAGCAAUGCUGACGAUUCGGAGGGUCUGCUGGGGCUGCCGUAUGGAAGUCUAGGUCGGCCGGCCAGUCAGGCCAGCGCAGCCAGCGGAGGGGGUGGGGUGCUGAGUGGCUCCAUUGAGCUGCCCGAAGACGAUUCAGAGAUGGGCGUUGACUCGCUCAGCACCACCACGCCAGCUUCGCUUGGGGGUACCAUCGCUGGGAUCAAUCUUAACGGGCUGAACAAUGGUCAGGGGUCAGAGGCGAGUUCAGAGGCAUCAGCCGUCACAAGCACGACUGGUGGUGAUGGAACUGGAGGAGGAGGAGGAGGCGGGAUGGGCUCAGAGGAAGGGCUUUCUCUUGUUGCAGGACAGCAAAGGGUGUAUGCUCGGUUGAGUGAGUCAACUGGUCUGAGCAGUGCUACAGAUCGGAAUGGAGACAGGUCAGGCAAUGGGGGAAACGGUGGUGGUGGAGGAUCUUUCCUUUCCUACCUGCAGGAGCAGACAGGCCCGGGAUGGAUCCCUGUCACUGACCCUACUCAGGCUUGGGUGGGCAAUCAGUCUAAACCCAGGCAAACCAUGGAAACCGUGAUGUCAUCAGUGCGUAACGCUGUGGAUGGAGACCCAUCACGAAUGUCCCAGGAGGCCUUGCUUCAGCCAGUGAGGGACAUGGGGCACUCUGAGAUCUUAAGAGGGCACUUCAGAGGUACCCAACCAUUUGAGAAGGGUUUGGGCUUUCCACACAGGGUACCAGAGCUGAGGGCCUGGGAUGAUGUCCGCCUGAAAGGCCAGACUGGGGAUCAAAGUGGGGCAAUGUGGGCCCUGGUUACCGAACUCCUCUUCAGCUUCGUGCUGCUGGCGUUCCUGGUGAUCAGCUGUCAGAACGUCCUCCACAUAGCCAGUGGCUCGGUGCGGUCGGUGCUCACCUACAUACACACUCAGCUGGACCACGAGCUUGGUGAAAUCGAGGGAGUACCCGACGAAGAGGAGAACGUCACCACCAGAAUCGUCCGCCGUAGAGUCAUUCUUAAGGGUGAUGAGGUUGAAGAUCUUCCUGGGGAGCAAGUGAGCGAGGAACAUUUCACAGAUGAACAUGGAAACAUUGUCACAAAAAAGAUCGUGCGCAAGGUGGUGCGCAGAGGGAAGGGGUCAGGUGAGGAGGGGUUUCAGGAGGUGAGCGUGGAAGGUUCGCUGCAGGACGCCAACGAGCUGGACGCUGAUGCUGAGCAGUUCAUGAGCUACGCCGUCUUGGGUCGGGACAGCAGCAAGCCCGAUACUGUGGAUGUGAAGAAAGGUGCUCAGAUAGUGAAAUGUGCCAGUCUGCGGAGAGUUAAGCAGUGAGGCAGACUGAGUGCUGCGUCCCCGCAGAGUUCUCCGCAGGAUUCAACCCCUUCACCAAAACCAUCCUACAUGAACACAUGACCAGCAGCAGCUGACAGGAGGAAGACCGCACAUCAGAAGGCAAACAGAUGGAAAUGAAGAGAAACCAACUCAAUGGCAACCACAGUGGCAACUAUCAGCACGCACCAGAAGAAAAAGGAUACAGAUUUUCUUGUAGUUUUUAUUACUUUUUUUUUUUUUUAAGAAAUGGUGGGAAAAAAAUAUCUACUACUAGGCUAGGAGCAUGAUUUCGUAUAAAACAAAAACCAGACAGACAAAAAAAAAAUCAAAAACAACAAAAAAAAAGAAACUAGCAACCAAAACGUGCUUCCUGUUAUCUGUAUCAGCAUGAGUGACUGCUGCCGCAUGGCCUGUCUUUAACUACAAAUACCGAGGGAAUGCAGGGGCGGGUUAAAAGGGUGGGGCGGGAUGGGGAGGAGACACCGCUUAAUGGGAUGGGCAUGCAAUGUAGGCUACCACCGGCCCAUUUUCUAACCCAGUGGUGAAGAGUUUAACUUAAGAAAAAGAGACACUAAAAUACUGAGAUUUACGUCAUCUCUAGGCAACUGUUACCCCCUCCUCCUCCAUGCUGCGCUCAAUCAGCACCACAAACUAGUUUCAAACCUGGCCAAGUGCUCUCUAAGUCCAGUAAAGCUACAGUUAUCGCCCCAGGAUAUCAGUGUUGUGUACAUAAUAUUGUAUGCACUAAAAUGCUCUACGUGACUGUGUGUUACGCGUGUUGUUUCUGUUACUAGAUCCCUAUGCGAUGCAACUGAUGCUGCUGUUUCAGGUACAUGAGAAAUUCCUCCCUGUUUUUUUUUCUUGUUUGGUUUCAUUUGCUCAGAAUCUAUAUAUUAUUCUUCUAUAUCUUGAGAUCUUUGUGGCUAAAAGAACACACCGUUGUGUCGCUCUGCCUGUUUUAAAUCGUUGGAUUUGCGUGUGUAUGUGCGUGUGUGUGUGUCCGGAUGUUUCGUUGUGAUUUUCACGCGCUAUCAUUGUUUGCGUUCCACAUGUCUGACUGUAGAAGGAAGAUGUACUUUAAGUCAUUUCCUGUACCGUGGGGAUUUUUCAGCUUUGGGAGGCGGGUUUACAGCAGGAACCUGCCUCGCCAAACUUUGAUCAAAGUGGCUUGCCUUGUGGAGAGGAAGGUAAAGAGAUAUAUAUGUACAAGUGAAAGAUUAUCACAAGAGAUUAACCUGCUCUUCCAUCCUACUCCUCUGCCUUUUUCUUGUCCCCACUGUGCUGUAUCCUCGUGAGGUUUGUGUUAAUGUCUGAGCUAAAAUCCCGAUACCUCUGCUUAUCGCCCAACCUCCAUCUCUCAUCCCCCAGCCUCUACAGUCAGCCUCUCAAAGUAGAUGUAGCAGUCCCGUCCACCUUCCACUGGGAGGCGGGAUCCCACCUUCAGCUCGUACAGUAGCUGCGUCUGUUUGACCUCAUCGCACAGUAUAUGACACCACCACACGAGGUGCGCUUACUGACCAUCUCACAACCACCAGAAGAUGUCACUCGAUGAGGGUAAAGUAGCUGAAACGGAAUCAUGUAGCGCUAGUUUUACUGGAUGAAGUGAUGUGCGUUGUGUUUAGGGUCGAGGACGUGUUGAGCUUCGAUGUUUGUCUCCUUGGCAGUUCUUCAGUGUGUAGCAAAGACAGUCACCAAUCACUGUGAUGAGAAACUGUAAUACUGACCCGUAACUGUGAGCCUGACCCGUCCAGAAGCAUGUCUCUUGUUCCGCUCCUUUCUUUAGUCUUCUUGUCACGAUUUGCUGUCUUAACUGUACUCCAGAAGUAGAAGCAAUAACUGCUUUAAAUAGAAAGGAUUAUUCGUGUGUGUGUGUGUGUGUGUGUGUGUGUGUGUGUGUGUGUGUGUGUGUGUGUGUGAGCGAGAGAGUGACAGAGGAGGGAGGAUUUUAGGAUCACAGCUUGCGUUCUUCCUGAACUUUCAGCUUUACUCUACUUCUCACUUUACUCAGAAAUGAUGUCAGUACAUUAGCAUCCUGCAUUUUAUCCUUUUGCCUCUUUAGAAAAGAAAACUUUAAGUAUACUGGUGUGGCUCCAUGCCAGCCAUCGCAUCUGCAAAGUGCCCGCUGUUUGUUUUUGUUACUCAUCUGGGAAUGUAGGUGUGUUCAGACAGUUUUUAAACCUUAACAACAUUCAUAUGCACCUUGAAAGAAAUCCUGAGUGUGUUUUGCGUGUGUGCGAGUGUGUGCGCGCGCGUGGUGUGAUUUAAAUAUCACGUACUCAGUCCUGGAUAUUGGGACAAGUUAAAGUUGUGAUAAUAUCACAGGAAGUAAUAUUGCAAAUGGACAAAGACUAUAUGUGUAAUUCUAAAUCACAUAUUUUUAAAGGUUGAUUUACCUCAAUAAGUGUGCCAUCUCACAUUAUAUCAAUAACCUAUACAUGCGUUUCUUUCAAAUGUUGCGUCAGACAUCGAAUGCUUUUAUUAUAGACAAAUAUGUAAGUCACAAAAAUGUUGCAAUAAGCACCCAUAAAUAAGUGUUUAGUAUGGCUUCUCACAGCCAUGAGAUGAUGAAUGUAAAGUCUUGGUAUACUGUGAGUCUUGUUAUGAAGUAGUCAUCCGUGUUGGCUCUAUACUUCAGUAGAUAAUAGGGUAUUCACUCUGUUGUUUCAGCUCAAUAUCUGCUGUUGAUUAUCAUAAAUAUGACUUCAUUCUCAUUUCAUCACAAACAUGCACAGAUGGUGGUAGAUUUUAAAGAGCGAAGCCUCAAAUUUAUUUAUUUUUUGACAUUUUAACAAAUAUCCCUUCAUGAGGUAUUAUUGUUAUUUUAUUAGCUUAAUAAAAGUCAGAUGUCAAAAAAAAAGUUGUGCCCCCUUAUAUCAAUCACAGCAUAUGAUUUGCUCUUUAAGGGCUCAUAUGUUUAGGUUGUUUUCUGCUGAUGUCAGGCUCAGAGCCAGACGGGAACUGAUUAAAGAAGAUAGACGGAGUUAUGGGGGAGGCUCGGUGGCUUCGAAGGCUAGUCUUCAAGAUGACAUGCAUUUUCCCUCAACACAGCCCACCCCCUGCCAUUUUUAUGCCCUUUUACCAAAUAUGAGACUGAGCCAGUCUUAAGGCUUCCACGUGGUGACCGUUUGGACGUGGUCAGACGGGAGUCCGACUAAGUGAGAGCGAGAGAGAGUCGAGGUUACGUCAGAAAAAAAGCACUGCACUGAGGGACGACUGAGAUGAUGCCAUGCACCAAGUUCAUGCAAAAAUAUUAACUGUUGCAAAAACUAGAGAACACAUGUAUAUUCCUUUAGAAUGGAUUGAAGACAUUAUUAAUGCAAUAGCAUAUUACUCAAUACUAAGGAAUGCAACUGCGCACAUGCACAGAAAAUGUUUUUAACAUAAAAGGCUAUAUAUAUAUGAAAUAUAUGAAAAUAUAUAUAUAAAUAUAUAUAUUUAUUUAGAAUGCUAUGCACCCUUACUUGUCAACUGGGAUUCUAGUUAUGUUAUGGAUGUACUUUUAGCAUCAUACAGCUGUAGCUACCAAGAGACUGUUGAGUUCUGGGUAAUGCCUGCAAAAUGGGGAUAAAUAGGGUUCUUGUGGGUAUUUUAACUUGUUUUGUCUGCUUUUUUAUUGUUAUGGAGAGUCAAUCAUGGAUUUAAAAUAUGUAAAAGCCUUUUAAUCCAAUCAAAUCCGAAGACAUCUACUGACAAUUUACUCUGUACACCAGCUCAACAUUUACAAAAUUAAUAAAGAAAUGAAAUGUC